CGGAGAUGCAACAGACUUCUAACUCAACAACAAAGUCUGUUGUGAAUUAAACAGUAUCCCCAUCAAAACAAUAUCAUCACAUAAAGAACAUAAAUUUACAGGUCGACCACAACAAAGCAACAACUCGUCCUUUUUUACGGAUAUUCCGGGCUAAAAAUGGCUCUUUGAACUCGUGAAGUUGUCGGACCCGUGAAGAAAUCGUGCUUUGCUUUAGCAACGCACCUCAAGAGCUCUACCUUUUUUCCUGCAAGAAUGGAGUUUCAUUAUGCACACCCAGCCCUGCUCUCUGUGGCCCAUCUGUCAGACGCCGCUUGCUCUCAGCAUAUGCUUGGUCUUGGACUGAAUCAAAGCACCAUCAGACAAUAUGAUGGCAACAUCAGCUCCUGUUUGGAAGACUCUUCGUGUCUGCCCGGCAGACCCCCUCGCUCUCUCUCACCCACAGGCUAACCACAGCCAAUCACAGGGGUGCAGGGGGGAGGUGUCAGAGGAGAGUCAGCACUUAAUUGGUGAUGGUCUCACUGACUGGAUGACGGAAGAAGUGGAUUUCUCCUCGUACCUCCCAAACCCUCCUUCCCCUCCCUCCUCCACCAAUGCCUCCCUUCCCCCUUCGCCCCUUCAGAAUGAUAUCCAGGUGCCCUCUGACUUGGAGGUCAUGACCUCUCUGCUGCAAGAGGAACUCGCCCAACUAGAGGACUACUUCCUGUCUGAACCACUGCCAGAGAAAGGGCCGAGGCUGGGAAAAUGGGACAGGGGUCCACUGCCGGCGGGUCCUCAGCCGUUCAGUCAGCUGCCAUACACAUCAUACUCCACGUCCAACCAAUCGGAAUCCAGCCCACUCCUUGUUACCCUGGCAACCGGGGAACUGGACUUGCUGAGCAUCUGUGGCGGGCCCAUUGGGCGAUCCAAAAUUCCUAGACACGCCCCGUACAGCUGCAGUCGACCCACCGGGUGUUUGAGGAAAAGAGUUCCUGACGGUGCGAGGUUCACUGAGGGCUAUGAUAACAGUUUUUUGAGUUCCAAAGGAAGCAACUCAGGUAACUCAGCUGUGACCCUCACCGGUAACUAUGACUGUGUAGAGGACGAGCAGCUGGUAGGGAAAAGCUACUGCCUGGGUAGUGCAGCCGAGGUCAGAAGAUGUGCCAGUCUACCCAAAGACGAGAAAAAUUGCUGUUUCAGUCAAGAUGUCAUAGGUGGUGCGAAGGUUACUGCAGGUGGAUUUGGCUUUGGUGGAUCACUUGAUGUCCCAAACAAGAAAGAGGAUUUGCUGAUGUAUAGCAUGAGGGAGGUCAGCGGAGUCACCGGUAGCAACGAUGUGCUUAAUAAUAUCAAAACAAGUGUGGAGGUCACAAAAGCCACCGGUUCAUGGAAGACAGAGAGCAGUGAAGGUUAUCUUCCAGCAGCACCGCAGUCUGAGGCCUUUCAUAGCUUCUUAGGCAAUAUCAACGAACAGGUGAAAUCAGAGAGUCUACAGAUAGGGCAACAUGAUUUGCACUGUAAUUUCCUGGAGGAUCAGGGUCCAGAGUGUCUUUUAAUGGCUAGGGAGAGUCUGAGCAUGGAGUCUCCGGGGCACAGACAAGCAUGCAGGCUGAACGAAGACCACUGUGCUUUAAACUACGAAGACGACCUCAUUCCAGGUGAAGGCGGCAAGCGCAAACAGAAGAAGAGAGAUCAGAACAAAACUGCCGCUCACAGGUAUCGCCAGCGGAAAAGGGCGGAGCUAGAUUCUUUGGAGGGACAGUUGCAUUGCCUUGAAGGGAGGAACCGGGAGCUCCGGGACAAGGCAGAGUCGGUAGAACGUGAAAUCCAGUACGUCAAAGACCUGCUGAUUGAAGUUUACAAGGCCCGCAGCCAAAGGCUCAAGCAGGACACCACAGCGUAACACCAAGCUCCUGCAAGUAUAUUUAAGGUGGGCGUAACAGGGAGGAUGUGGCGCCUUUUUGUGUCUUUAAGAUUGUCCAGAAAUGAAUGUUUGAAUUUUUUUUAAAUGCAUGCUUUGCUAAUGUGAAUUAUUUUUGACAUUUAAAACCAACACUUUAUCCAAUGCGUCCAUUGCUUUGGCACUCUAAUCACUUGAGCCUGCACUGUGGCAUUGCAAUGCUUUAAAUGACAAUCAAUUAAAAAAGAUAUUGCACUGCGUGGAUCUACUCAUUGAAAUAGUUCUUUAUCUUCAUUAACAGGUUUAAACAUUUACCAGCCUUACAUUUGAAUUGAUGUCAGCGAUACAAAUUCACCUUCUUUUUCUUUUACACUUUUAAGGUUUCAUUUACAAUUCCUGUACUAAACUUUACUUUGUGGUUGGUGUCAAUAUGUGAAACUGCAUCGCUUCUUUUUUGACUUCAUCUUUUAAACCAAAUACUUUUCUACAAUAAUCUUAUCGCAUCGCUUUUACAGCAAAUGUUAUUUUAACUGCUUGGAAUAUUUUAAAAUACUAGAAUUGCGCUUGAAGAUUAUUGACUUUAAAAUUUGCGGCUGAUGUAAAGAAGAGAAGAAACUAAACUCUUGGUUUUCAAUUUGAAUAACGUUUUUGACAAUUUAUUUCAUUGACUCAAGGUCAUAAAACCCAAAAUAUGUUCUUGAGUUUUGAGUAUGUAAUUCCGUUAUUUCCUAUUUAUUUUACUGAAUGUCAAACAUUUACUUUGUUGGAGACAUUUUUUUCUACUGUAUCAGUUUUUUCCUGAUAUUUGCAUUACUUUCAAUGUAACAAAUCACUCUGUCCAAAUGAUAAAUUCUGUGACCAAAACCAAGUUUAUCAAUUACACUGUUAAAGGAGGAAACUGAAAUGUAAUUGUGUUUGUUGGGUAUUUGUAUAAAUGUCUUCUAUUGCAAAUUAUACAAUCUUCUUUGCAGCUCAGGAUAUGCAAUCUGUCCUCCUAACUUACAAAUGCCAGUGGAUGAUCCGGCAGACUUCCAUCCUUCAUCACACAUGCUAAAUAUUAAAGGUUUUCCCGAUGUAAAAACCCUUUUUUCCUUGUAUACUAAUAUUUUAACUAGUGGAGUUUGAGCAGCUUCCCUCGGCAUGUUUUUCCAUAAACGCAGUGAAAAUGUAGAUUCCAGAAAUAAGUUGGGGACUCUCUGAAGUGCUUGUUAAGGCAAUAACUUUUAUAGGCCUCUGGCUGAUCUGCACUAAUUUGUAAGAACUUUUGUAUGUUCAGGGAGUAGAAUGUGUUAGCGUUUUCUUUGUAGAGAAUUAGUCCAAAAAGUGUCAUUAGGAUAUUUGUGAAGGUUCCUGUGUUAGCUUUGGUGUAAGGGAAUUGUGUAAAAAAUAUUUUUCAAUUUGAUUUGUUGCUAAGCAAAUAACCACUACAAUUACUGCCUAUAUCGUUAUAUAUUUUUGCAUAUUUAUUUUAAGACAAUCAUGGAUAUGAAAGUUCACUUUUAGAGAUUACUAUCGUGUGUGUUAGGUUUUUGGCACAAAAAAGAGUCAUCUCACAUUCUUCAACCAUUCUGCGGUGUACUAUCAACUCCCGAUUGUUAAAACCAAAAAUGUGAGAUAGCACAUUAAAUGUGAUGUUCAUUUAAUCAUUUCUGCACUUUUCGUUUUUGUGACGUCAAGUUUUUUGUCUUCUAAAAGAAAUAAAGUGUGGCAUCAAAGCAG